AUGGCAGACACCAACGGGUCUAGACGAGACCCAGAUACCGAGACUAUCAACUAUACUGUCCCAGAUGCCUCUAUUAUGAGGUCACCUUACCUCUGGAAGUCGAGCUUCUUCUCCACCAAUGGAUACAAUUGGUCACUUCUGAAUGGCCUUCAAAAACUCGAUGUGUGGCAGUCCUCCAGGUAUCAACCAACGGGUGCUUGGCUCGGAUUCAUUAACACCACAUAUUGA